AUGACCAAGAAUCAAGACCAGAAACCCCAUACUCAAGAUAACUUUUUCGUGAGUUAUUUGAAAAAACGCAAUGACCAGUUCAAAGAAGUGUUAUAUCAACCAAAGAAUCCAAAGGCAGAGCAUUACAUCAACUUGUUCGAGUCCAAAACCAAUAUUAAAAGGGAAUAUGUAAGUUAUACAUAUCUGGAGGUAUAAUGUAAUCUUUGACACAUUUAGGAUACUUAAUUUAAUAAAACUUUUUGAUGUGAAUUAUAAUAAAAUUUGAUAAUUACAAUAAUUUUGACAGUGACUCUUAUCACCGUAUGAUUUUUAAAAUUACAACGGCUAUCUUACUAUUUCAGGCAGCGUAUGGAUUGAUCGCCUUUAUCUCUUUGUACUUUAUGAUCGGAGCCUUUGCUUCAUUAAUCUGCAAUUUUGUCGGCUUUGCAUACCCUGCUUAUCAUUCAGUCAAAGUAAGUAGAAAUCAUGACCGACUUACAUAGUAAAAUACUGUUUUUGUGUAAAAAUUUGAUGAGUUUUUGUUUAAAAUCUUUUUUAAAAUUUUAUGACAUUUUUGAAAAAUCAAAAAAAGUAAAUCGCUUUCAAAUAACCUUGCAUUUAGUCACUGAGAACAGCAUCAUACGACGAUGACAGAAAAUGGCUAGUCUACUGGACGGUGUUUGCCUUCUUUUCUUUGGUCGAUUUCUUUGCCAAUUGCAUUUUAUCAUACUUCCCGGCCUACUGGCUAGCCAAGGUAUGGUUAAAAUAAAUUUCUUUUAAAUGUUUCCUAACUGACGGGCUCAAAAACCACCCUAAAACAUAAUUUUUUAUGUAAAAAAAACUAAUUUUUUAACUAAAAUUUCGAAAACCUAAAUUUUGUCUAAAAAUUUGUGAUUUCAGGUCGUGUUCCUAGUAUACCUCUAUCUCCCUCAAACCAAUGGAGCUGUAUAUCUCUACGAAAACUACGUGGACAAGAUUGUUUCCAGAUUCGACAACCUCCUCGGUUUCCAAAAGCCAGAAAAAACAGAAUAG